GCGGUUGUAUGCGCUACUCACACACCGAGGAAAGUGUAUGUGAAAGAGAGAGAGAGAGCGAGAGUCAGAGAAGGAGAGAGAGACGACAGAUAGUGUGUGUGUGAGUGAUAGAAGGAACGCAGCUAGUGGAAUAGAGAGCAAAAGCGAGACGACUCACGGUAGCCCCAAGUAGCAUCAGAAGACUCCUUGAGCUCACUACCCAUCGGGCUCUGCUUCAAGAACUAACGGCAAUAACGGAUUAUUCUUGUUGUUUUUUUAAAUUGUAUUUUUCUCUUCAUCAGCAACACUUUAGUUUUGAGAGAUUUAAAGAGGUAUAAGAGUUUUUUUUUUUUUUUUUUUAAAUCACUUUCCACUUCUUGAAACUUUUAAAAGAAAAGUUUAUUUUCAGAAUUCUUUCCGAGACUUGCUCACUGUUUCCACGUGCUCUGGGAGCGGGGACAAAUACUUGUCAAACUGACUUUUUUUUUUUAAUCCAUUAUUUUUUUAUUUUCUUAUUUAGGGCAAUUUCAAAUUAAACCAACAUGAGAUUUCAAACGUUAAUUCAUCGGUUUCCACUCUCGUUGAAUUAUCUCCUUCAUUCAAGUCAUUGAAGGUGACGUUUUUUGAGGAGUUAUAUAGGACUUUCUUAAAUGCCUUUUUUUCACCCACUGAUUAAUAGCCAACAUUUGGAACUGUGAGAGAGGGGGAGAGAUCACCUGUAGAGCUACCCACAAUCCUACUCACUCCACUCAACUUCAAGUCGAUCUAUUUCAACAACAUCUGCUCAAUCGCAAUUUUUUUUUUUUUUUAUAGUUAUAUUUCAUAAUCAAUCAAUUAUAAUCAAUCAAGUCCCUUUAUUGAUAUAUUAAUUCAUCAUCAUCGGAGCAUUUCCAAUUCCAUCCCUAUAACCCAACUUUGCCCCAAACACAUCGUGGUGUGAUCAGGGAUUUUCCAACACCCCAAUCACCAUCAUUCAGACACCGACCCUUCCUCGCCAUGCUAUUCGAUAACUUUGACCUGGUUUCGGCCUUGGCCACCUUAGCGGCCUGCGCGGUGUCCAUGGCCCUCCUCCUAGUGGUGUCCCAGCAACUCUGGCAGCUUCGAUGGACAUCAACACGAGACAAAAACUGCAAGCUACCAAUGCCUAAAGGUUCAAUGGGGUUCCCCAUCAUAGGAGAAACCUGCCACUGGCUCUUCCAGGGUUCGGCGUUCCAUGCAUCACGGAGGCAGAAGUACGGCAAUGUCUUUAAGACCCACCUGUUGGGACGCCCCCUGAUCCGGGUCACCGGUGCGGAGAAUGUCCGGAAGGUUCUAAUGGGAGAGCAUACAUUGGUCAGUGUGGACUGGCCUCAGAGCACCUCAACCCUACUAGGACCCAACUCACUGGCUAACUCUAUAGGAGAUAUACACCGCAAGAGAAGAAAGGUCUUUUCCAAGGUGUUCAGUCAUGAGGCGCUACAGUCCUACCUCCCUAAGAUCCAACAGGUGAUCCAGGAGUCACUGAGGCUGUGGAGCUCCAACCCAGAACCCAUCAACGUGUACAGGGAAUCCCAGAGGCUGUCGUUCCACAUGGCAGUGAGGGUGCUGUUGGGGUUCAGAGUAGCGGAGGAGGAGAUGAGACAUCUGUUCACCACCUUCCAGGGGUUUAUAGACAACAUCUUCACCUUACCCAUAGACCUACCGUUCAGUGGAUACAGGAAGGGUAUCUGUGCCAGGGACACACUCCAGAAGGGGAUAGAAAAAGCCAUCAGGGAGAAACCCCUCUCUUCCCAGGGGAAGGAUUACAGCGACGCACUUGAUAUCCUACUGGAGAGCGCAAAAGAGAACGGCACUGAACUCACCAUGCAGGAACUCAAGGAGGCGACCAUUGAGCUGAUCUUUGCUGCGUUUGCCACCACGGCCAGUGCCUCUACCUCUCUCAUCAUGCAGCUCCUACGCCACCCUGCCGUGUUGGAGAAGUUACGAGAGGAGCUCCACCAGGGGAUCCUCCACAACGGCUGUCUGUGCGAAGGGGAACUGGGUCUCGAUACCAUCGUUAGUCUGAAGUAUCUAGACUGUGUGAUCAAGGAGGUUCUGAGGCUCUUCACGCCCGUGUCUGGGGGUUAUAGGACGGCCCUGCAGACCUUUGAACUAGACGGGGUACAGAUCCCAAAGGGUUGGAGUGUGAUGUACAGCAUCAGAGACACCCACGACACCUCCGCCGUCUUUAAGGACGUGGACGCCUUCGAUCCCGACCGCUUCUCCCAGGAACGCUGUGAGGACAAGGAGGGACGCUUUCACUACCUCCCGUUCGGCGGCGGCAUCCGCUCCUGUCUCGGGAAACAGCUCGCCACUCUCUUUCUCCGUAUACUGGCCAUCGAGCUGGCCAGCACCAGCCGGUUUGAGCUGGCGACCCGGAAUUUUCCCAGAGUGGUGACGGUGCCAGUGGUUCAUCCGGUGGACGGAUUGAAGGUGAAAUUCUAUGGUCUGGAUUCUAACCAGAAUGAGAUUUCAUCCGAUCUCCUAGCCGACAUCAAGACGGAAGAGCUACUGGGAGCCGCGGUGUAGAUCGUUGAUCUGGAUUGGACAAAGCAAGGAGGAAGGAGGAAGGGAGGUAUGGAGGAGAAAGGAGAGUGAAGAGGAGGAUGGAUGGAGGAUAGGACAGAAAGAACAAAUGAGGAUGGGAGACUGGGAGAGACUGGUUUAGUUUCCUUUUUUUCAUUCUGCUGAUGUCUUGGAAUGUAGGUCUCCUUUGAACUCUAAAAAGGAACAUUCAGAAUUCCGAUUCCUUCUCUUUGUCGUUUUGUUGUCAGUUGUCAGAACUUUCUGGGAGAGAAAGAAGAAGAACAGAAGCUGCCAAAAAAAAGUUUAUAAUCUCUAUUCCUUUUGUUUUCCAAUAAAUAUACAAAACUGUGUAUGACGAAAUUGAAAAGUUAUGUAAUAUAAUGAAUGAAAUAAAAAUAGGGAAAGUAACAUUAGGUGAAGUUAUGCACAAUUAGGAAACAGAUUCGUAGAGGAGUGUAUUUGGAUGGAGGGAUGAAAGAAAGAAAGAAAGAAAGGAGGGAGAGAGGGAGAAAGGAGGGGAAAGAAAGGAUAAAACAGGGUAUAAUGGUUUAUGAACAUUUGGUAAAGAAUAAAAGAGUGGGGAAUCUGCACAAGAGAGAGAGAUGAUCUCAAUGUGAAAAAACAAGCCAGAGCCAGAUAGAUAGAUAGAUAGAUAGAUAGAUAGAUAGAUAGAUAGAUAGAUAGAUAGAUAGAUAGAUAGAUAGAUAGAUAGAUAGAUAGAUAGAUAGAUAGAUAGAUAGAUAGAUAGAUAGAUAUAUAGAUAGAUAGAUAGAUAGAUAGAUAGAUAGAUAGAAGGAGAGAGAUAGAUAGAAGGAGAGAGAGAGAUGGGUAUAUUUUUGUUUUAAGGCCUAGGGGUGAUAUAUGUAUUGCAUGGUGCUUUAGCUCCGGUCCUGGCAAGCUAUAUCAUUUUCCUCCAGCCCUGCACUAACCUACCUGUCUUAAACAAUCAAGCUAUCAACCUAUCACCUAUCACAAUUAGGUAAAUUAGCCUGGGCUGGUUCUUAGCGCUGGGAUGGGUACAAAACCCAGAAAAUGGACUUUGACUAUCUAGAUCCGGAGUUGGAACAGAGACCCUUGCUAGAGGACUUCAGGGAUGAUGAGAAGGAGAAACUCAAAAGCUGGAACGGAAUUUCAGUGUGUUAAUAACUCAGGUGUGGGAGCGGAUCUUUCAUUGGACGGAUUUUAAGGACUUUAUUUCUUAAUUUUUUUUUUACUCAACCUGCACAUAAGGAAGUGACUAUAAGUUGUUAUUAACCACGUUCCUUCCUCUUCCCCCUUUCCAACCUUCAAACCUGUGCUAUGAUGUUAUAUGAAGACUUGUGUCUGUCAGUCGGGCCUGAUGACUGGACUUCUUAUGGACAUAACAAAGCUAAGUCGGAGAGAGAGAGGAAGAGUGUCGUUGACCUCUGUGGAACGCGAUCGUGACAUUUUGACAUGCUGCUCCUCUUUAUCAACACUAAAAUGCAAAAAAAUAUAUAAACUUUAUUAGCUAACUAGAUUAAACAACGUGAGCCGAUAUCAGAAUCAGAAUCUCAGAACAUAUUACUAACUCAAACACCAAGAAAUGUCCGUCAUGGAGACGGAGGGAAAACAAUUCCAAAACAGAACUCCUUCUUUUAUGACUCAUCAAAAGAACACUUCUGGGUGUCACAAACAUUCCCGGAACAUUCCCGAAAAACAACUUUCCGGAAUCCUUGGACAGGCGGGAGUUUUAACAUGGAGGGAGUUAGGACCCAGAAACUCUGUUGGGAAAAAGCUAAUACAAACUUUGUCCUACAACUGUCUUCUACAGAUACAGUACCAGUCAAAAGUUUUGGACCCACCUACUCAUUUCCAUGUUUGUUCUUUAUUUGUACUAUUUUCUACAUUGUAGAUAGUGAAGACAUCAUAACUAUGAAAUAACACAUAUGGAAUCAUGUAGAAACCAAAAAAAAAAAGUUUUAAACAAAAUCAAAAUAUAUAUUAUAUUUGAGAUUCUUCAAAGUAACCACCCUUUGCCUUGAUGACAGCUUUGCACACUUUCGGCAUGCCUGUCUAUAAUAAUAAUAAUAAUAAUGUAAUAUAAUAAUGUCUAUAAUGUUAUAGACAUGUAUAUCCCGUGACCAACCACACCACUGAUUGUCUAUACUUGCUAUAAGUACAGUGAGCUGCUUCUGUGUUUCUAACUGAGAGUUCUAGAACUGCUAAGAUAUAUAGAUUGCAAGUGAGAUUCUUCCCCAAUUUAUUUUUUUUUUGAUUAUAAUUUUUUUUUUUUUUUGAUUUUGUGAAAAGCAAGAUUAGGGAUGGGCUGUUUAUGUUUACUCUUCUGUUUAACAGGUAAGCCAUGGGGUAACGUCUGUUUUAAUACCCUAAUAUUAUCAUGAUUGGUAUUAUUUACUAUUAAUAUUUGUCGUUGUAGUAAAAUAUUAGUUUUUAUUAUAUUUCCAGAAUAGAGUUCAAGUAUAAAUUACAAAAGUCUGUUUGUUGGUAAAUAUUGUUAUAUUUAGUAUGAUAUGAAUUAUUUCCGUUAUAUAUUGUAAAACAUUGUUGAAUAUGUUAAUAUUGCUUAUUGUAUUAGUUAUUCUUAUUUUGGGUUAUUAUUAUUAUAAUAAUUAUUAUCGUUGCAUUAAUUAAUUAUUACAAUUAAGAAGAUAAGCACUUGCGAGGUAUGUUCGUUAUGGAAGUGUCACAUGACUACAUUGGUUCUUAUGUCUGAAUGCAUCCCAAAUGGCACCCUAUUCCCCAAUGGGCCCUGGUCUAAAGUAGUGCACUACAUAGGGAAUAGGCCCUGAUCUAAAGUAGUGCACUAUAUAGGGAAUAGGGCUCUGGUCUGAAGUAGUGCACUACAUAGGGAAUAGGGCUCUGGUCUAAAGUAGUGCACUACAUAGGGAAUAAGCCCUGAUCUAAAGUAGUGCACUAUAUAGGGAAUAGGGCUCUGGUCUAAAGUAGUGCACUACAUAGGGAA